AUGCAUUCUGGUGUUGACGAACAUGUACAGUCACUCUUGGAUCGUCUAUGCCGGCUUAAUUUGAAUAACGAAGCUGAAAACGAAGAACCCGAUUUUGUUCCCGAUGAUGAUCAUAAUGAUAAAGAAUCUGUUGAUGAUAUUUCAGCUUCCUGGGACACUGCGAUACGGCGAUUUCUUCAACAGUAA